UGGUAGAUAGAAAUGAUUAGAUGGGAGCGUUGGCAUCAAGAGAGGAGGUUUUUCUUCAUGGUUAAUUAGACGCUCGCUCCUUCCUCGUCGAUCGUGACUGAAUCUCCCUCUACGAAGUUAGGGGAGGUCGUAGUCAGUCGGUGUCAUGGGUUAGCACAGGCGUGCGGGAGCGUCCAGAGCAUCUAGGCAUAUUCGCGAGGCAUACACUUGUCUUGGAUCGAUAUCUCUCGUGUAAGCGCCGUGAGCUCGCUCGUGUUUUGCAACGGGGUGCUCUUGCUCUUCAAGAGAGUGGGACGGGAGAGGAGCAUCGUCGGCCGAUCAAAGAUCCACAAACUCGUCGAUUCUCCCUUUUUGGUUUGCAUUUUGAAGCUCAUCUUCACGAUGGGAGUGCCGCUGGUGGAGCUCUCCACUCUUCAGCAUGUUCGCACCGCAUACAAGGCGCGUCUCCCGCCGGCAUUGCAGGGAAGCCAUGUUGAAUUAGUCCGCGGAGAUUCCACCGUUGCUGCAGAUCCCGCCGACGCUCUCGUUAUCAGUCGAUCUUUUCCUCUAACUUAUGGAUUACCUUUAGUUCACCUUAAAGCACCAAGUGGCACAGAGAAUGGAAAUUCUCAAAGUGAGAAUGGAGUUUCUCAAAGUGUUCCGCUCAGGGUUGGCGUUGUCUUUUGUGGCCGUCAGUCACCUGGCGGACAUAAUGUCGUAACAGGCUUGUUUGAUGCCUUGAAAGCUCACAACACCUCAAAUGUCCUCCUCGGAUUUGUUGGUGGCACUGAGGGCCUGUUCGCUCAGAAAACCUUGGAAGUGACUGAGGAUCUUGUGCGGACAUACAGGAACCAAGGUGGAUUUGAUAUGCUGGGACGGACAAAAGAUCAACUGAGGUCCUUGCAGCAAGUUAAUGAUGCAAGAGCUGCCUGUGAAGCUUUAAAGCUUGAUGCCCUUGUCCUUAUUGGAGGAUGUGGUACCAACACUGACGCUGCUCAGCUGGCAGAAACAUUCACUGCAACAAAUUGUCAUACUAAGGUCAUUGGAGUUCCGGUCACAAUCGAUGGUGACUUGAAAAAUCAGUUUAUAGAAACAGACGUUGGCUUCGACACUACAUGCAAGGUGUACUCACAGCUCAUCAGCAACAUUUGCAUCGACGCUCUGUCCGCAGAGAAGUACUAUUAUUUCAUCAGACUGAUGGGGCGGAGAACGUCACACAUCACAUUGGAGUGUACGUUGCAGUCUCAUCCGAACAUGGUGAUUCUUGGUGAGGAGGUUUCUACCCAGAAGAUGACCCUGUUUGAUAUAACCAAGCAGAUUUGCGAUGUAAUUCAAGCUCGAGCCGAAACUGAAAAGUAUCAUGGUGUUAUUCUUCUGCCAGAAGGUCUUAUUGAAAACAUUCCAGAAAUACAUGCACUUCUGCAGGAAAUAAACGAUCUACUCAAGCAUGAUGUUGAUGUUGACAUUUUGAAUCUGUCGUCAAAACUGUCCCCUUGGGCUUCUGCUUUGUUUGACUUCCUCCCCUUGUUCAUCAAGAAGCAGCUUCUUCUGGACCGAGAAUCAGAUGGCUCAGUGCAGCUCUCGCAGAUCGAGAUGGAAAAGCUACUUGCACAACUGGUGGACACAGAAAUCACAAGACGCACGAAGGCAGGCACGUACAAGGGGAAGAAGUUCAAUGCUAUAUGUCACUUUUUUGGAUAUCAAGCUCGAGGAUCGCUACCUUCUAAUUUUGACAGCACCUACGCGAACGCGCUCGGUCACGUUGCUUUUCACUUAGCUGCAGAAGGUCUGAACGGUUACAUGGCAACGGUGACAAAUUUGAAGGAAGACGUAACCAACUGGCGCUGUGGGGGAGCCCCAAUCACUGCCAUGAUGUCAGUGAAGAGGUGGCUCAGAGGACCUGGGGUUUCUCAAAUUGGGAAGCCUGCUGUUCAUCCUGCCAAAGUUGAUCUGAAAGGAAAACCUUACGAAUUGCUUGCUCAAAACGCUGGUCGCUGGCAAACCGAUGAUCUCUAUUGUAAUCCUGGACCGAUCCAGUUUGAAGGUCCAGGAUCAGAUAUAAAGACAGUCACAUUGUCAGUAGAAGAUCAAGAUUACGUCGGUCGCAUUCAGGAGUUGCAGAAGUAUUUGGACCAGGUGAAGGAAAUGGUGAAACCAGGAUGUCCUCCUGAAGUACUGAAAGUUGCUCUGAGCUCCAUGGCGUCAGUGACAGAAGUUUUGUCAGUCAUUUCUGCUCCAGCAUACCGAGGCUUGCGGCCAUUCUAGUCUCCUUCAGAAGUGUACGAUAGAAGCAAGAUGUCACCCCAUCAUUGAACUGGGAUGGUCUUCUUUGUUUCCGAGCUCAGAGAAAACCCAGCGGCUUACUUCGACAGCCUACAACACCAUCAAAAAUUUGAAUCCCUAAGGUAUUCAGGUAUUGGGGUGGUGGACAUGUUAAAGGUUGAAUGCUCGUUUGAAUAAAUUGUAAAUCCACACCCAUCAUUUGAAGGUAUGUCUUGUUUUAGCAUACAGAAGGUUUACUGGUCAAAAAGCUUCUAGUCUAGAAAGACUUUUCUUCUUACGAGUUUUGUCUGCAUCUUUGUGGCCUCAAAGUUGUACAAUUCUUCAACAUAUAUCGUGACAAAGUACUGAGUAUAGAUAGUGAAGGAAAAGGGAAAAAGCUAUUUUGUCCAUACUGAUUCGCAGCAGAGGGAAAUCUAAACUUCGAACUUGUAUAUCUUAUGCAUUGGGGCUCAUGAAUCGUGGAUAAGAUUCUCUUUCAAGCGGCAUGUAUAAAACAUCCGCAGCAGGAUGUUUUAUACAUGCCGCGGUGAAGAAUUUUGCGAUUUUGCAUAGGCAGCUCAAAAGUUGCAGAUAUGAUAAAAGAAAUAUUUCAAAAUGCACAGGAAUUUGCGGUAGAUAUAUGAACGGGCUGGCGUUGUAUAAGAACUUCUUCCCUCGAUCUACACUGAGGAAAUAGAAGUUUGGAAGUCCGCACGAUAGA